CAAGGACUUUAACUUUCAGAAGCACUGAGUGAAAACUGUCAUAAACAGUAUCGGAGUUUUAAGAUGAACACCACUCUGAAGCACUGGAAGGAGGCGGCCACUCUCAUUUUAGCCGCAGGCCAGAGGCUCGGCGCGGACAGUUUAUCGUCAAGGACGCCGCUGACAGCCGCUUCCAGCUCACCGCCGGGCAGCAGCUAUGAGCGGUCACACCUGCCGCACAGGUCUUCCUUUGAUUACGACGUUUUGUUGCUAAAACGAAGCAGUAAAAGUGGAUUCAUGCCCAAUGCGUAUGUGUUUCCCGGGGGUAUGGUGGACUCUUCGGACUUUUCGAGUGAAUGGCUGGACAUUUUCAAAUCUUUCAGGAACUCUCCCAGUUUUGGUUUGAGAAAUGUCAAGCAACCGGCGGAGACCAGACCUCCAAUCUUCGCCACAGACCGACUGAAACUGGGCUCUCCUAUCCCGGGAGAGGUCGCCUUCAGGAUCUGCGCCCUGAGAGAGACGUUUGAGGAGUCCGGCGUGCUGUUGGUUGUUUCUAAACUGGAGGAGAAAAGUUUGUUAAAAAGCAUAGAGGACAGGUGUGCCACUGAUCCAGCGCUACAUUAUAAAGUGAACGAGCUGGGCAGUAGUGAACUCACCAGGUGGAGGGCUCUGGUGAACCAAAACCCCUCCAACUUCAUCAGGAUGUGCAGAGAGUUAGAGGUGUUGCCCAACAUCUGGGCUUUACAGGAAUGGGGUAACUGGCUGACUCCCGCGGGCCGGUACGGUGUGACGAGGUUUGAUACAGCUUUCUUCAUGUGCUGCCUGCAGGACACCCCGCACACACUGCACGAUGAAAAGGAAAUAGUGCGCUUUCAGUGGUCCACACCCUCAGAGGUCCUGCAGAGCUACCAGGCACAGGAGCUGUGGAUUGCCCCUCCGCAGUUCUAUGAGCUCAGCCGCAUGUGCCGCUUCCCCAUGUUAAAUGACCUCCACAACUUUGCCAGCCAGCGUGCCACAGAGGGCUGUGAGCAGUGGCUGCCUGUUGUUUUCUCAAAAGAUGAGCACUACAUAUCACUGCUUCCAGGAGACAAACUUUACCCAUUGGACACUUCAGGAAAGACUCAAGUGGAUACAAGCACAGACUCUCAGCUGGAGGAUCCUCAGGAUGAUUCAGCACUGCACCGUAUAGUGAUCUUAAAUCCAUAUACUACAACUCUACAGAUCACCAUCACACCCAGUCAAAUUUUACUGAUACAGCCCAAUAUCACAAAUCACAAAUUUGCCUCAAGGGGCCUUACAGAGAAAUGGAGGAGUAACUGAGGAUGGAGCUCUCCUCAAGUACAGACAUGCAAAACAGUGCAUGUACAGUGUACAGAAUGUACAACAUAAUAUUAAUAUACACUGUGGACAAUCAGGAUGACAAAAUUAUAGGCUGUAAGCAAACAUGAAGAUGGGAUGAUAUUGAACAACUUCCAGGUCCAACAGAUAUGACCUGAGCCACAUGACCUCCUCUCCACCAUGAAGACCUGGAAAGAGGACAGAUUACACAAACACACAAGAGACAAAAUCCAAAAGAGUUUCAGCCACAUGUCUGGGAGGAGGAAACAAGCACACAGAACAAGACAGAGGGACAAAGAGGAGGAUGGGACUCAUGAGGACCAAGAUCCACAUCCAAAACAUCUGAAAGGAGGCACUGACGGCCAGGAGGGGGAGAGAGGUCUCAGGAUGACUGAUGGUCCAGUACAGAGAGCCUGAGUGAAAACAGAGGACAGGGAGGAGGAAAUGGGGAGAGAGAGACACACAGCCUGGACGCUUAUGUGCUUGAAAUUAAGUGAUUGUUAAUGGCCUUAUUGUGCACGGUGUACACAGGACUGCUAGUUUUACGUUUUAUCCAGACACUCAUUUCUAGGUUGUUUCACUUACAAUUUGUUUUAGUGUGAGCUUCUGGGUUUUGUCUGAUUAAAGAUGCUCUAAUAUA